AUGUCACACACGACUCCGGUUUCGUUGAACAGUAUACCUCAGGAGAUCCUCUCAGAAAUUGCACUUUUCGCCUCUACCGAAACAUUUCUAGGGCCUCCAGCUGGACUCGUAUCUUUGAUCAAGACCAAUCGUUGGACCCAUUCAUGUCUUUCGUUCUUCUCGAAUCCAUAUGUAUAUGCUAAAAUAUACGAAUCGAAAUUCGACGUAUCGCCAGUGUCCCGAAGGUUAGGAGUGAAUUCGUUCUCGACGUCCGCGCUCGCUCUGGAACUCAAGAGGAAAUGCAUAUUGCUGAACCGUAUUCGAGAUCGACAAGGCUCACGCGUGAAUACAUCCACUCAGGACGAAAAUUUACAAGAAUUCCUCGUUCAGAUCUAUCUCAUGGUAGUUGAGAAUGAAGGGUAUAACGAACGGCAACUUCGGGAAUAUGCUCACAUAGAUGAAUGGCUCAAGGAGUUUUGGCUUGAUGAACACGGAGCGUCUGGCUCAUGGCAAGCUAUCCAGCGAGGGCUGUGGCCUGAUCACUCCGAGAUUACAUGUCUAGCGAUGUGGUUAUAUUGGUUUCUUCUCAAGCCAGAACAGUACAAGAGGGAGGAUCCUUAUACGCGUAGAGCCUUGAGCAUCCUCAAAGUCUAUGCUCUAGGUACACAUUGGUAUCCCCUUGUGACACCUUCAUGGACCGAAUUCCGUCCUUCCUCUACUGCUCGUGGGGCGCCGCUCACGGUUUACGACUCAAAAUUUGGUCUGAGGGCACCUGCACUCUCAGUACCCGCUAUACUAUCUUUCAUCUCCCUUCAGAGCCACCUCCACGAGCGGACGGACCACUCGAUGCCUCUGGUGCCUUCACAAGCAUCGCCGCCUCAAGCACUGCUACUAAACACUAUCGGAAAUGAAUGGGAAUGUGAAUGGGGCAGGUCAACCAAUUUAGGAACUCAGAAGCUCCCGGCGGACAAGGAACUGUUAGAUGCUUUCAGGCCAGGAAGUCUUGAUGGUGUAUGGGAAGGGAUAUUUACGUACACCGAAUUCACCUCUUACGCGGCAUUAUUGUCUGGGGCCCCGCCUCACUUCCUGCAAAACACACUCGUAGCGCAGCACAAACAAACGUGGAAACUUCGGGAGCAUCAUCUUCUAUCAUCAUCUUCUUCUGACCCCUGUCCCCUUCGAUCUGGUAACGAAACGGACAACAUUCAACCGGUAGCAUCUGGCAACGCCCUGCAUGCGUACUUCCCUCUGGAAACACAAAUCGAGGAAACAACGGAAGGCCUUACGAUCACUGCAUCUGGAUCAGGAAGACAGCCUUUGUUGUAUCAACGUGCUGGAUCUCAAGCCAAGACAAAGUCUUCAAAUGAAGUGAAGGCGGCGAAAGAUACAGAGACCCGCGUUUUGGACAUCAUCAUUACAGGCGAGGGGCAUUCCUCUUGGGGGGAGUUCAGAUUAAUCGGCCGAGUCCGUCCUUGCGACGGGUUGAUCAGUCUCUCUAAAGACUAUAUCAACGGCGAUAGGGGAAAGUGGCUUUACCGUGGAUAUCUCGUUGGAAAUCACAAUUCGAAUCUAGCUGGACGGUGGCGCGAUACAUUGAGUCCACCCUCAGUACCAGGGUAUGAAGGAUGCUUUACCAUGACACGACGCCGUUAA